GCUUACGGCGAUUACUGCAAUUAUGUUGCUCUAAGUCACUGCUGGGGUCAUCAUCAACCUGCGAAGACAACGAAGGCCACCCUCGAUCUGCCAAAGACCUUUCAAGAUGCCAUCACUGUAACCCGUGCACUAGGGAUAGACUUUAUCUGGGUCGAUUCUUUAUGCAUAAUUCAAGACGACCCAGAUGACUGGGCUAAAGAGGCCAGCCAAAUGGCUUCCAUCUAUCGGAAUGCCUACAUCACCAUCGCCGCGACAUCAGCGGCUGGUGGAGAAGAAGGCUUUUUAUACGACCGGAGGCGGCGAAUCUAUAAGUCUACUGUCGAGUUGAGCGGGAAAAUACGGCAUUUCUUUACCCGGUGCUUCAUCGACCACUCUCCGUUUUCGAGGCAUGAUAAGACCAUAUCAAGUCGUCCUUUACCUCUGAUCACCCGAGGCUGGUGUCUUCAAGAACAGAUACUGUCGCCACACCUGGUUCAUUUUACCAGCCAGUAA